UAAAACAAUGUACUGAAGAAUUGGUGAGAGAAUCCUGAAGAACCGCGAGAAGAAAGGUUAUUGAGAUCAGUGUAAUUUCGCCGGCGGUGGGAUCGCCGCAACCCUAAAAUGCUCAAUCAUUUCCUUUAUCGUUGCUCGGCUCCUUCUCUGCUCUUCUCCAGAACAUUCUCCUCUACGCUUUUCGUUAAAGGUGUAUCUUUCUCAAGCACAGAAGAAACAUUAGCUCAAGCAUUUUCUCAAUAUGGUCAAGUUCUCAAAGUGGAUAUGAUUAUGGAUAAAUUCAGACGCAGACCAAAAGGGUUUGCUUAUGUCACAUUCUCUUCUACUGAAGAAGCCGAAAAAGCUUUAUUAGAACUCAAUGGCCAGUUGGUAGAUGGGCGGGUCCUGAUCCUCGACACGGCAAAAGUUGCAAAACACGAUCGACCAGACAGCAAGCCAAAUCAUACAGGUGGUGAAAGUUGAUACUUCUCUUUCGUCUUCUACAACUUGUUAGAUUAAAAAUUUUAAGGCAAAAAACAUUUCAAACCAAUUGAGGUUAUUCAGAAAUAGGGUGUUUGUUAGUUUUAUCGUACUCACUGAUGUUAGUAUGACAAGAAAAAGAGUUGGGAGCUUGUGCAUGCAUUAUCCCAAAGUCGAGAAAUUGUAUUUGAACUCAGUCAUCAUGGAUCAGUAUGUCAAAUCGCUAAGUGUCUUCUGUAGUCUCAACUUUGUUUUUGACUCAAUAGAACGAGUUCCGGGCAGCCAAAACAUGGUUAGUUUCGGCGAUGAGAUAUGUAAAAUUUAUUGUUUUGCAAGGCAGAGUUUUACUUAGCACGA